UUGAAUGAGGACAAUCACAUGGAACCUCAUACUGAUCAACAGAUGUAAAGCCAUGAGUGGAAGAGACUUACACAGCGUCCUAAGUAACUGCCGAACAGAGGAUUUAGAAAAACAGACUUUUCGGAUGAAGGAUGGACAUGGAAGCUCAGUGUAUAAACCGGCUGAGUAUGAGAAACUACAAGCAAUAGUUGCUGCCAAACGACUGGAGUCUGCACAUAUUGCUCAAAAGGUGAAGAAGACACUCCUCAUGGCCAAGGAGACCAAGGAGAGCUCCUUACUAAGGCAGCACAGGCUGGUGUGGAGCCGAGAGCACAGCAGACUAGCCGACGCAGAGGAAAAGGCUGAAUCAGAGCUGCAAGAAUGCCUGAGAGCAAAUGUUCUGGGCAGUAGAACAGACAUGGGCAUCCUCUCUGAGCUGUUGGACCACGAGCUGCAUCUGGGGCGUGAGCGCGAGGCGUUCAGAUGUGCCACUGUGGAGCCUAUCUGGCAGCUGAGGGAGGACUUGCAGCACAGACUGAGUGAAAUCCAACACCAGCACCACCAGCAGCUUCCUCAGUCGGCAGACUGGCAGCAGGUACUCCAGCAGGUCAACUUUGUGAAAGACCAACAGGCUGUCAUCAAUGAAAAACUUCAGACAGAGUAUCGGGUCAUAGAGGAAGUCACCCAGUCUCUGCAGGAGAGUUUCACCAAGACCGCAGACUAUCUGGUUGAGGUAGAUGACGUCCCAGAGCAGAUUUUGUAUUCAGACUGCGCCUACCCUGAACUGAAAGCCUCCUUGAUCCAAGAAUUCCAAUCCCUGUCUGAGAAGUACCAGUCCAGACUGCAGAAUAUACUGGACCGCCUGCAAGGAUUGGAUAGGUUCUUUGGUUGGUCGGCAAAUGACCAUCUGCGCUUCCAGAUGACCGUGAGCCAGUAUCGUCAUGAUGGACCACAGCACCACCGAGCCCUCUACGUGGACAUGCUGCAAAGACUGUUCCCCGACAGAACCAGAGAGGAGCUGAUGGACCAUGAGCGGAGCUUAGACUGGCAUCGCUUCACCCAGGUCCAACUGCGUGUGCUGUCCCAGAGCUGGCAGCGGGACCGAGCUGACCUGCUGCUCAAAGCCCUGGCGACCCUGGAGGAGGCCAGGCAGGCCCACGAGGAGGAUCUGGCCCUCCACACAGACCGGCAGCACCAGCAAGACAUCUGCUCCCGCCUCAGAGACAAGCUGCAGCAAUGGCGUGUCCGCCAGGAGGAGGUCGCCAGACUGGAAGCUGCCAUAGCCGCCCGGCAGCACGAUGAAGAGGAGGAUAGACGGAGGAGGGAGCAAGACAGAGAAUCGGCCAUGAGGUCACUGCAGAAGGAAAAAGUGAAGCAGUAUUAUGAUGAGAAAUGGAGGAGGAGAGAGGAGCUGGAGAGGAAAGAUCAGCAGAGACUGACGGAGCUGAGAAGACUCAUGGCAGAGCAAGCUAAGAGAGAUAAGGAGCGGGUGCAGUUUCGCGAGGAGUUGCUGCUGCGGCGCAGGGAGGAGAGGGAGGCGAUGGCACUCCGAAGCCUGAAAGAGGACGAGGAGAGACAGAGUCGUCUGGAGGCCCUGAGAAAUCAGGUGGCGGUGUUAGCCGAGCCAGAUCCAGAUCGUAUGAUGGGAUGUACGGAGGCCUGGAGAGCCCGGCUGGCGCAGCUGACCGAAGAAGAGUCUCAGUGGCAUCGUCCUGUCUAUCACCUGAACACAUACACAGACUCUCAGAUUGUGUCUGAUCCAAGGCUGAGGAUUGAACAAGCCCUUCGGGAAGCAGGUCUUCACAACACUCUGUAUGCUAAGGAGGUUCUGUCUGGAGUCCAGCCACUCAGACCACCUCGACGGGACACAGUCUCCACAGGCUUCAAGUCUUCAACAAAGACUAUUUAGGGCCAUGUUCAUCAACACUGUAAAAUCACUUCUGGAAACUUCUGGAAAUAGUUACAGUACAAUUUUCUUUUCAAAAUUGUAAAGAGCAUUUUUAUUGAUAUUGCCAUUGCCAAAGUGUAUGCUCAACUGUAAAACCUAUGCAGGCAAUAUAUGAAGAUAUGUUUUUGUAAUAUUUUAUAAAUGUUUUGGCUGUAAUAGUGAUAGUUACAACAGCUUUUAAUAUAUUUCUCAUAGACCACUGGUAUCCAUCAAUAUCUGGAGUGUAUUUAUUUGUUUUAGUUGUGAAACGUUUUAUCAAGUCUUUUCGAUUGAAACAAGUAUGUACACUUGUCAAACAGAACAGGGCAUACACAGUACCUUGCUAUCUCUAAAAUAAACUAUUUGUCGGAAAUGUUUCACAAUUUCUUUGGCAGACACUUCUCAGAGAAAAUUUAAAACAGCAUUUAUUGUUCAUGUCACUAUUGGAUAAGAACUGCUUGCCUUUAAGUUAUUCUGCUGCUGUAUAGUUGAUAAUUUGACUGUGUAACAUACAAGAGGUGUGGCUGUGUCAAUUCAAAGUUCAAACAGGAAUCUAUCUUGGCCUAAGAUAAUCCGGUGCAUGUCAUCUGUAUUUUCAACUAGUCAUUUCUUAUUAAUCCAUGUGGAAUAAGA